UCUCCAUCAAGAAUAUAUUGUUCAAGAUAAACACAUCAUAGGCGAAAAUGUCACAUUGUUGGUCUACAGUGUCAUUUGCUUUGCUGCACGAUGCUAUAGCAAAGAAUGAUGUGGAAACAAAACAGAGUCUGGUCCAAGACCUACACCACGACUUGAUUUCUUUGCUGGUAGUUGAAGGAAAAUCUGAAGAAAGCAGGAAGAAACUAGAAUCAGGACAAUUGAAUCUUAGUGAUGGAUUGGAUUACAAGGUAAAUCAAGCAUUCAUCGAAAGUUCUCUUCAGUUAUCCGAUAUACUAAAUAUUGAUGAAUUAAUUGCAGCAGAGGUUCUCUUUCAUGCGUCAUCUAAUGAGCGAAACUCACUAGGAACGUCUUAUUUGGACUCUGCCAUUGCAGCGUAUUAUAACAGAAGAGAUUACAUAUUACAGAUUGUAAGUUACUAUCUUUGCUCAACUUCACUUGGUGAAACUGAAGAUAUCGCUGGGAAAGAGAAAAACUCGCUUUCAAUGUUUUCUAAUGAUAGGAAGUUCUUGAUUGACGAAAUAUCGAAACACAAAGAUUACUCAGUCGAUAUACUUUUGGAAUCUUUUCGAGGAAUCGAGAAAGAGCUAAUUUCCAUCAAAGAAUCUGUAGAAAGGAGCAAGUUGCUAGGGACUUUUCACGAAUGUUCGCCUGAAAUGAAAACCACCAAUUACAGAAGAAAUAUGCUCUUCAAACAAUACCAACUGUUGGGAGAAAUACAAUUUGGUUACGUUUCCUAUUUCUCGAAAAGCGAGACAUUUUCAGUUGCAAAUUUCCUACGCUUAUUAGACCAUGUGUCAUCCUUUCAGCCAGAAGACAUUUUCUCAAUUUGUUACAUCCCUAGCUUAUUUAUUUAUGUGUCUAGGCUUGAGGCUUUGUCUGAUCAAUCUGUAGAGAAUUUGCACAAAAAUUUCAUCAGCACCAUAAAUGGAAUUGAAAAACUAUCUGAAAGUCCGUUCAAAGCUUUGAUAAUCCUUGUUUUUCUGACUCAUUUUAUUGAUUGGUGUAAACAACAACCACAGAGAACUUUGAAAUUUGAAUUCAAUACGUCGGUAGAUGAACCAAUGCAGAAAUGUAUUUCUGUAGGUGCACUAGAGCAACUCUUAUCAAUCACAGCAGACACCUCAAUCAUAACUAAAUCUACAAAGCAUAACAUCAAACCGUUUUAUGAUUUUAGGGCUUUCUUGCAACAACACAUUCCAAGGUUCCUCCCAAUUAGAAUGUUUGAUAUAGAUCAAGAUGCCACUCUGAGAAAGAAACAGUUAUUACAGCAGCAAAAAGUUUCAGGUAUCGAUACUUCUGACUCCGAUCUUUUACCUGUUUACUCAAUCCCUGAUGACAUUAGUUUGACUGAGAAUUUCAUCAAUUUUUUGGUACCUGUGUUAUCAAAUUUUAUUCACUCAUUUAUUUCUACGGCCGCAUUUAUGAUGACCCAACUGAGAGAUACAGAGGAAGAUGUUCUACUUUCGUCGGAUGACUUCAACUUGGAACUUUUGACCGAAAAUGCCGAUCUUGAACGCUUGUACAUGUCAAUGUACUAUCUCUAUUCGGAAAGAGAACAAUACAGUAAAGAAUUUUGGGCCGAUACAAACUCUGCUUCGUAUGGGUUUUUACAAUGGGCAUCACGCUGCAACUCUCCAUUGAUUAUGUCAACAUUUUCAAUGGUCUUAGCUGCCUUAGCAUCUGGAAAUGAAAAUGCAAUAAAUUUGUUCAGCUUUUUACAAAUGACUAACUCGAAUUAUAGUAAUAUAAUGACAAACCCAAGAGAAAAUUCAACUUUACUUACCAAAUAUUCAUCAAUCAGCUGGUCAACAAUAUAUUCUACGUUGUCAUACUAUAAUGAAUCGCUAUCAAAAACUUCCGAUCUUACAAUCCAGAAUAACUUGGGUGAAUCUAUGAUAAUGGAUCUAAAAUCGAAACUUCCAGUGGUUACAGAGCUAGGGGAAGAUUCGAUAAUAUAUAUUUCGGGCUUUUUCCAAGUCUUAUCACAAGUUUCAAUCAAUAGUACAAAAGCUCGAAUUGAAUUACUUGAAAGUGACAAUUUUCAAUUAUUUACAAUUCUCUCAAAUUUGCUGAACUUAAAUACAGUUUUGAAUGGUCCGAUUUUAACCUUACUGAGCUCUUUAGUCGGGGACACAUACACCGAAAGGUUUAAAUUUUGGCAAGUUUUAGAUAACUGGCUGUUUACGAGCGGGAGAAGCAACUCAUUUAUCAGUUUACCAAAAGAAAGGAUGUCAAAAAAAUUGAACAAUUAUCAGAUGAUUUCUGGUUUCAUUGAUUUGAUCGCAAAGCUUUUUCGGCCUUUAGAUACUUCAGGAAAUAUGUUUGUACCAUAUUCCCAUCCAUUUCCACUAGACCUUGGUUCAGUCGUAAGAAAACCUGGCAUUUGGUGCUAUAUUGAUUACUUAUGUACUGAGAUUUUACCCGAGGUCGAUUCUUCCCCCAUAACCGAAGAUGAGAAGGCAUCGCUAAAAUUUUCAGUUUUAAGUGUAAUGGAAGUAUGCCUUUCACAGCUUGACCCAGAUCUGGUGCUAAAUGCUACGGCUUGUCACGUAAAAGAUAUGGACUACAUUACGGAAAAUAAGAGCAUAAUUCGCUUUUUUCAGUCCCAUCCUGGUUCUGCAGUACUGAAUUAUUUAUACAACAACAAAGUUUACAACUCUUUGUUUGAAAUCUGCAACUUGGGUAUUGAUCAGCUAGAUGAGUUGUCAGGAAGCUCAGUUUGGGUGAAACUUCUACAAAAAGCUGUUAAGAUUAUUAACAUGACUCUUUCUAGGGAAAAAUUUUUUGCUGAUGAACUUAUUCAUAUUUUGCGUUUACCAGAUAAUAAGUUUGUUGAUCCAACGGCAAUAGGAAUGUCAGGAUUGAAGUCUUUUUACGAAUCUUUUCUUCUGGAUCUCCCACUGAUUGCGAAUUUGUCAUUAUACGUUGGGUCUGCCAAACUCGAAAUUGCAAAGACUUCCUUAGAAAUAAUUCAUACUGUAAUUAGCUCAAAAAUUUUCAGUGGAUCAGAAAAUGGAAUUCACUCCAAGUUGGUCAAAAAAAAUCGUUUACUUUCUUUGUUCGAAACCAUUGACGAGUCAGUUAGAAUUAGAUCUGCAUUUAUUGACCAGUUUGAAUCACCAUUGUCGUCACCAGUAUCUAUUGAAGUGAAAAUUUCACUUCUUCGGUUUAUCAACAGCAAUCUCUCUGUCAACAUAAACGUGGCGACUGUAAGUCACUUUCUUCUUGGAUUUGAUACGAAGAAAAUGUCUAUUGGCAGCUCUGACCAGGAGACAACGAUUGCCUCUAGUAGGUCACUUUUGAGAUCUAUCGUCAACAUUACGAAAGAAAUCAUCUCUGUAUUUUCAAAAUCUGCAAAUUUGGAUUUAGCUCCUAUUAGGCUAUGUGCCUUGUGUCUGGAAAUUUUACUGAAGCUAAGUAAAUCCGACAUAACAGGGAAGGAUGUACUGAGUUAUCUUCGUACUAACGGUGAAUCGGCAUCACCUACUGAGACAAGUACCAAUUUCAUUUUGUUUCUGCUGGAAAAUAGUCAUGCUAUCAACAAGAAUAUUUUGUUUUCAAACCAGUUUUUUGAUGGGCAGAUAAAGACGCAAAAUGAGUUUUGCUCAGGUGAAGGAAUUUGUGUUUUGAAUGCUUUUAUUUCUUUUAGAAGUUCUCUCAUUCAGCUAACUGCAAUCGAGGUUCAUGUUUCGGUAUUGUAUGGAUCUUUAUCAUUGAACACAAAGUAUCUGGAAGUUUUAACACACUCUUCCGGAUUUGCAUCUGGCUCUUCCAAACUCAUGGGCUUAUUGGACAUUCUGGAUUUCAAGAUAGAAAACAUGAUUGAAAAAAUGAACAAACUGUUUACCGGCUUUGAUUAUGAGUACGCUCUGCGCAAAAUUAAACUCUUGGAGAAUCUUAACGGUGACAACUCCGAAUUUCCAUAUGAUUUCACCGUUAUUGACAAAAUGAUUUCAGUGCAUGCAAAGGAUUUGAGGGUUAUGUCUCCUGUACAAAGAAAGGAAUACUCAGAGCUAUUUCAUAGAGAGGCCAAAAACCUAAAGAAGUUGCUAACAUGUUCUUUGUCCUAUGAUAACUAUAAAUCACUUGUUUUCAAAUAUCUAAGUUCAUGGACUCUACUAGUUCAAGUUAUUGUAACCGAAACCGAUAUGAAAUGGAACAAAAGAUCGAGUUUUAUUCUUGAAGUUUUCCAGAAUAUUAUCCCAAAAAUUGAUGAAUAUUUAGAGGUUGACCCAACAUUUGCCGAAAAUUGGGUUUCCUUGUGUGUUCACUUGAUGCACACAUAUAGUAAUGAUAGGAGAAAACUGCUGACUUCAAGGUCUGAGUUACAAACCAAAGCCACACUUGAUUUCGAACGUCUUUUUCCAAUUCUGAAAGUGGCUUUGCAUGGAAUUUUCUUGCCUACAUCCAGCCCUUCUAUGAGGUCGGAUCUCUAUAUUCUUGCUGAAAGCUUUCUACAACAAACGAUGCAUAGCCAAGAAGUCAUUGCGAAACUCACAGCCUUUCUUAAAUCCUUGGACGUUAACGUUUUUAAUAUCAUUUGUCACGACUCACUUGCUGGCGAAAGCGCUAAUAGGAUAACAGCAUUGAUAUUGUUGGAAAGUUUUGUCAAGGCUAUUCUUCAGCUACAAUCACCCCAAGUAAGAGAGUGUUUGAUUUUUGAAACGUUUUGCAGGGACAAUUAUCUUCUUCUUUUGGGUCAAAAACUCAAAUUGACGGACGAGUGUUUUACACGUGCGAUGGAAACAAUUGUACUUAAUACAAAAAGUCAUGGUAUUACGAUCCAGGAGUUACUUUAUGAAUUGACAAGUUUCAAAGCAACAGUUAGUUUUUUAACAAGAAUUGCUCAGACAAGGUUAGGUGCCCAGCAAUUGCUAAGAAAUGACAUUUUUGGAACUAUCAAAGAAUGCAAAUUUUUGGAGCUAGAUGCAGACUUAGGGUUCGAAUUAAAUUUGGUAGAGUCGAUAAGCGAAUCCAGCCGUGAAUCAGUCACAACAGUCACAAUAUCCCUAGAUCAACCAUUGAGCUCUAACGUCUCUUUGGGUAAAAAUAAUUAUAAUGACACAGAGGGUAAUGUUUCUCGAGAUAAAAUAUCAUACUAUGAAAUUUUCAUACCGAUAAUUCAACUUGUUACGGCUAUUGUAAUCUCUUUAGGGCCUCAAAAUGACAGUUGCUUGAUGCAAGCUGCUUCCCUGCAAAAACAUUUUGCUAGGCUAACUUCGGCUGUUUUGAAGAGAGAGCUCCUUUAUGAAAGGAACAAACAUAAAUUGAAGGAAAGUACUGAUUUUGCGGAGAUAGAGGAAGGCGCUUUUUCUAUAUAUAAUGUCAAAGGAUUGCAAGAGCUUACAAAGCUCUUCACCUUAUUUGACUCCCUUAUAAACUAGUUACUUGACCACCAAAAUGUUUUGGUGAAUAGCUAUGGGUAUAGCAUAAAUUAUAUCUAGAUAAACUUUCCGUCAUUGUGUAAAUUUGAGUAAGUACUCGGAGUACAAACUAAAAACGAAAAAAUGCAUGUAUCACGUGAUUUCAAUACUGCA